AUGGAGCGGUGCCCCAGCCUGGGGGUCACCCUGUACGCCGUGGUGGUGGUACUGGGGCUCCGGGCGGGGCCGGCGGGCUGCCAACACUACCUCCACAUCCGCCCGGCCCCCAGCGACAACCUGCCCCUGGUGGACCUUAUCGAGCAUCCGGACCCUAUCUUUGACCCCAAGGAGAAGGAUCUAAACGAGACGCUGCUCCGCUCCCUGCUGGGGGGUCACUACGACCCGGGCUUCAUGGCCACCGCGCCUCCAGAGGACCGUCCAGGCGGGGGUGGGGGGGCCGCCGGGGGCGGCGAGGACCUGGCCGAGUUGGACCAGCUGCUGCGGCAGCGGCCGUCGGGGGCCAUGCCGAGCGAGAUCAAAGGGCUGGAGUUCUCCGAGGGCUUGCCCCCGGGCAAGAAACACCGGCUCAGCAAGAAGCUGCGCAGGAAGCUGCAGAUGUGGCUCUGGUCGCAGACCUUCUGCCCAGUACUCUACGCAUGGAACGACCUGGGCAGCCGCUUCUGGCCCCGCUACGUGAAAGUGGGCAGCUGCUUCAGCAAGCGCUCUUGCUCCGUGCCGGAGGGCAUGGUCUGCAAGCCGGCCAAGUCGGUGCACCUCACUGUGCUGCGGUGGCGGUGCCAGAGGCGAGGGGGGCAGCGUUGCGGCUGGAUCCCCAUCCAGUACCCCAUCAUUUCGGAAUGCAAGUGCUCUUGCUAGAACUCGGGGUCCCUCUUGCCCAGAGCCCAACUCUCAAUCCACUCCCUAGCCACCCACCCCACCCCCAUUCUGCCACCCUCCCAAAUCGGAUUCAAUGAACUUUUUUUUUUUUUUUGGGCUACAGAGACAUAGCUUUCUGGUUCAUGUAAUGCACUGUUAACUGUGUAGGAAUGUAUGUGUGUGUAUAUACGGUCUCAGUUUUAAUUUACUUAUUAAAAGGUCAGUAUUAUACGUUCAAAGUUACCGGCUUCUACUGUAUUUUUAAAAAAAGACAAAAGGAAAAAAAAAAGCAGAGAGAGAGAGACUGUUAUUCUGGUUGUUGCUAAUGUUACCCUGCUAUUUAUAUCCAGAGCACUUCGCCUGGCGAAGCAGAAAAAGUUAUUUUUUUUUUAAGUACAAAGAUGAGGGGGAAAAAACUUUUUUUUUGUAGAAGGACUU